UUUCUCUCUACUGGUCCACCAUUCGUCUGCCUACUUCCGCAUCUUCUUCUUCUUCUCUCUAAUUUCUCGAUCUUUCCGUCCACCAUGUCUGCCUUCACCAGCAAAUUCGCCGAUGAGUUGAUCGCCAACGCUGCCUACAUCGGCACACCUGGAAAAGGUAUUUUGGCCGCUGAUGAGUCCACUGGUACCAUCGGAAAGCGUCUUGCUAGCAUCAACGUCGAGAACGUUGAGACCAACAGACGUAACCUUCGUGAGCUUCUCUUCACUGCCCCUGGUGCCCUCCCAUGCCUCAGUGGUGUCAUCCUCUUCGAGGAAACUCUUUACCAAAAGAGCUCCGAUGGCAAGCUUUUUGUUGAUAUCUUGAAGGAAGGAGGAGUUCUUCCCGGUAUCAAGGUUGACAAGGGUACCGUUGAGCUUGCUGGAACCAACGGUGAGACCACCACUCAAGGUCUUGACGGUCUUGGGGACCGUUGCAGGAAGUACUACGAAGCUGGUGCUCGUUUCGCCAAGUGGCGUGCAGUCCUCAAGAUCGGUGAGAACGAGCCAUCUGAGCUAUCCAUCCAUGAGAACGCUUACGGAUUAGCCAGAUACGCUGUUAUCUGCCAGGAGAACGGUCUUGUACCAAUUGUCGAGCCUGAGAUCCUAGUCGAUGGAUCCCAUGACAUCCAGAAGUGUGCUGCCGUGACCGAGCGUGUUCUUGCAGCUUGCUACAAGGCUCUAAGUGACCACCACGUCUUGCUCGAGGGAACCCUCUUGAAGCCUAACAUGGUUACACCCGGGUCAGACAGCCCCAAGGUUUCACCUGAAGUCAUCGCCGAGCACACCGUCCGUGCCCUUCAGAGAACCGUCCCAGCAGCUGUUCCAGCCAUCGUCUUCUUAUCUGGUGGACAGAGCGAGGAAGAAGCUACCAGGAACUUGAACGCAAUGAACCAGUUGAAGACCAAGAAGCCAUGGUCAUUGUCUUUCUCAUUCGGACGUGCGUUGCAGCAGAGUACCUUGAAGACAUGGGCAGGCAAAGAGGAGAAUGUCAAGGCAGCUCAAGAGGCUUUGUAUGUGAGGUGCAAGGCUAACUCAGAAGCCACUCUUGGAACCUACAAGGGUGACGCCAAGCUUGGUGAUGGAGCAGCAGAGAGCCUUCACGUGAAGGAUUACAAGUAUUGAUCAUCGUCCAUGCUUUGAGAUUGUGACCUUUGUCAUCUUCCUGGAUAUAUUUCUAGGGAUUUUUCGUUUUUCUACUUUGACAAUAUCGGAUUAAAGGUGUUCCUUCAGUUUUCCUUUUGGAUUUGUGUUUUUUGAUUUUGCUUGGGUUGUGUUUUCUAGAAUUGAGUGUUUUUAAAACACGCCCAAAUAAAAAGCCACUUGAGGUUAUUUCUGUUGAACCUGAAAAUACCUCUUUUGGGGACUUGAAAAAAAUCAGUUAAAUGUUCAUUCUC